CCUCCGUCAGGUCGACAUGCUGAAGCUGCUUUCUCUCCUGCGUCUCUGCGUGUGUGCGGCGGCCUUGCUGGUGCAGACCCCCCCCUCUGUGAGAGUGACCCCGGGGUCAGAGGUCACCCUGAUCUGUGACAUCACUGAGAUGGGGGGGUCCUGCUCUCAGGUGGUGUGGCUUCGUGUGGGCCAGGUGAGCUGGAUGAACUUGAGGAAGAAGUAUUCUUCUCAGAACGAGACGGUGUGUCAGCUGCAGAUCUCCAGCGCCGCCCUGCAGGAUGCCGGCAGGUACUACUGCGUCUUCAUCAACGGGCCGAUGCUGCUGGGGGGGGCCGGCUCCACCCUCUCCGUCACAGACUCGGUGCAGCAGAGUCCGGCCGUGGACCUCCUGCUUCCUGCAGACCAGCACCUCGCGCCCCCCCUCCCGGUGCCGCUGGUGUGUGUUGCGUCGGGGCUGGAGGACCCGGGUCGGGCCAGGCUAGACUGGGAGCUAGACGGGGAGGGCGAGACUCUAUGUCCCAGAACCCUCUCUGAAGGAGAGGCAGGGGUCCUCAGCGUCCGGGUGGAGGUUCCUGCAGAGAUCUGGGCCGGGGGGGUGGAGGUUUCCUGCAUUCUGACGGACGGAGAGCUGGAGAUCCGGAAGACCGUCAGCCGGACCAACCGCAGGAACAAGAGCAGGAACACGAGCAGGAACAAGAGAACAAGAGCAGGAACAAGAGCAGGAACAAGAGAACAAGAGCAGGAACAAGAGAACAAGAGAACAAGAGCAGGAACAAGAAAACAAGAGCAGGAACAAGAGAACAAGAGCAGGAACAAGAGAACAAGAGCAGGAACAAGAGCAGGAACAAGAGAACAAGAGCAGGAACAAGAGCAGGAACACGAGAACAAGAGCAAGGAACAAGAGCAGGAACAAGAGCAGGAACAAGAGAACAAGAGCAGGAACAAGAGAACAAGAGCAGGAACAAGAGCAGGAACACGAGCAGGAACAAGAGAACAAGAGCAGGAACAAGAGCAGGAACAAGAGAACAAGAAAGAACACAAGAGAACAAGAGCAGGAACAAGAGCAGGAACACGAGAACAAGAGCAGGAACAAGAGCAGGAACAAGAGAACAAGAGCAGGAACAAGAGCAGGAACACGAGCAGGAACAAGAGAACAAGAGCAGGAACAAGAGCAGGAACAAGAGAACAAGAGCAGAAACAAGAGAACAAGAGCAGGAACAAGAGCAGGAACACGAGCAGGAACAAGAGAACAAGAGCAGGAAACAAGAGCAGGAACAAGAGAACAAGAGCAGGAACAAGAGCAGGAACACGAGCAGGAACAAGAGAACAAGAGCAGGAACAAGAGAACAAGAGCAGGAACAAGAAAACAAGAGCAGGAACAAGAGCAGGAACAAGAGAACAAGAGCAGGAACAAGAGCAGGAACAAGAGAACAAGAGCAGGAACAAGAGAACAAGAGCAGGAACAAGAGCAGGAACAAGAGAACAAGAGCAGGAACAAGAGCAGGAACAAGAGAACAAGAGCAGGAACAAGAGCAGGAACACGAGCAGGAACAAGAGAACAAGAGCAGGAACAAGAGCAGGAACAAGAGAACAAGAGCAGGAACAAGAGCAGGAACAAGAGAACAAGAGCAGGAACAAGAGCAGGAACAAGAGAACAAGAGCAGAAACAAGAGAACAAGAGCAGGAACAAGAGCAGGAACACGAGCAGGAACAAGAGAACAAGAGCAGGAACAAGAGAACAAGA